GCCAGACGCCAACACAAUUUGCGUACACCGAACAACCACAAUUCUAAUCCACGCACAAGUACUACAUCACUAUGAUUAGAAAGGAUCAAAUACACUAGAGCCUGGACUAAUCAAUCGAGAUUCCGGAUGGCUUUGAGACGGCCACCUUUCCAAGCCUGAGGAUGCUUGGUCCUCGAUUUGUUCUAGAUCAAAGCAAGCUAGCAAAGAUUCAGUCAAAGCCCAGUUGCGGGCAUUCCAGGUGCCAUCAUAAUUGCAUCGUGGCAAUGUGGCUCAUUCAAACCUUUAUGGCGGCUUUGGCGUUCGGGAGGGCUGCUGCGCACAUGCCUGUGAUCUCAGGUCUCUCAUAUCGAGUACUAUGUUCGCUUGUCAUUAAACUGGUGAUUAUUCUUCCAGAGUCGUGUUCAGCGCUUGCGCUGCACAAGAAUAACGGUCGAACACUCCCAGGGGUGCGUCCACAGCCUCGUUCAUCCACAAGCAAUUUUCCAUUGUGCAUGCCAGUGGCUUUUCCACAGUCCACUACCGAAAGCAAGCAAGGAUCCGAUGGCUAUAAAGGUCUUACAUCUGGCGUUGGUUGUGAAUCCCUAUCCACUCGAUUCUACACCAAGCAUCCAUACAAUAUGAACUCUCGCGUUCGCCAAAACCCCUUUUCAGAAGCCCACAUGGGCAUCACGAAGUGUUUCUGUGGAAAUCUGACGGUGGAAAAUCACGAUUUCUGUUUUUGCUCUCCGGAGUGUGCCCGUGCAGAUGCUAUGGCCGCCCUCGGGGGAGAAGAUUCCCACUAUCGGAAAGUCGUGCGGAAGGCAUAUGUCAGCUGCGGUGCUCGGCCGCCUGCCAUAUACAAGCGCAAGGCAGAGGAGAAAACUCCGAUUGCGAAACAUGUUCCAGCCAUCCCUCGACCUGCCAGUGCAACGCAACACAAAAAGCAAAAUAUAGGCGACCAGAAUGAUGGGUCUGCCAACAAAGAAAAGGUGUUCCCUACGCUAGCUCAAGUCACGACUGCCGUUCUUGCUCGAAAGGCAAAGCAGGGAGGCGAAGCAACGGUCGAGACUUCGAUGAAAACUCCCCAAGUCGCCAUUCAAAUAUCCCUCGACGCGCCCCCCGUUCCCCCAUCUAUCCAACAAACUAGGCCAGGCCUCGAUCGGGGCGUUCAUAAAUCACCGUUGACACAAUGGCGUGGUGCGCCACAGCAAAUUAUGCCACUAAAAUUCGACGACAAGACCGUUGCCCUCAGAAGUCAACCACCGAUCCUUCGCCCGGUAGCCGAAGAAAGAGGAAGGGAGAACGGCGAUGAUACUCAUCUUCCUCGAAAGCUGGAUCGUCGCGCAGAAGAAAGGCGAAUGCCUCCACGCCAUCAACGACCAGUCCUUCCAAACACGACCGCUGCAUCCCGCCCUCCGGGUAGCCUUCGCCGCUCAGCUUCUUUAGGUUGGCACAGCCCAGCUGAACAACAUCGCGAUCGCGUCUCGGAGGACGAAUCUCUUAAGGAAUUAUUCGACCAACUUGAGGACGUUCGAACUUGGUUUGAGGGAUGGAAUGGAAUGUCAAAGUCCAACGCGAAGCCGCACGGGGUGUGAUUGGAUAAUUAGACGUUCAAUGCUGGGGACGGUCGAUGAUACUCAGGUCCCAGAGGGACCCGAAAGUUGUUGUGCAAAAACAAACAUAUUUAGUACGCCAAAGUCGGCAUAUAUGUAUAGGACGUUAUACUUUAUCUAACGUUUUGUGGAGGUGCCAGCUGUACAUGUGUCAUCUUGGAAUUGUCUUUGUAAUG